GAUUAGGAUGUUCUACUGCCACAUUUUCCAUUAAGGACUUAAUCAGUUCCUGAGGAAAUGAUUUUAACUGCCCAUCGUCAAUGUCUGUUGAUUCUGAGUUUUUGGUGUCUGUAGAGAUGGACAUUUUUGAAAUCUCGUUUUGUAAUUCUUUAAAUACAGUGUGCACCUCUUGGUUUUCAACUGUGUUUGACACACUACAAGUUACUGGAUCAGGACGUUGUACUGCCACAUUUUCCAUUAAGGACUUAAUCAGUUCCUGAGGAAAUGAUUUUAACUGCCCAUCGUCAAUGUCUGUUGAUUCUGAGUUUUUGGUGUCUGUAGAGAUGGACAUUUUUGAAAUCUCGUUUUGUAAUUCUUUAAAUACAGUGUGCACCCCUUGGUUUUCAAAUGUGUUUGACACACUACAAGUUACUGGAUCAGGACGUUGUCCUGCCACAUUUUCCAUGAAGGACUUAAUCAGUUUUAGGGAAAAUGAGUUUAAUUGUCCAUCAUCAAUGACAAUUGAUUCUAAGCUUUGAGUGUCAGAAGAGAUGGAAGAAUCUGAAACUUCACUUUGUAAUUCUUUGAGGACAGUGCUUAGAUCUGGGUCUUCAAAAGGGUCUGCCACAUUACAAGUUACUGGAUUAGGAUGUUGUUCUGCCGCAUUUUCCAUUAAGGACUUUGUCUGUUUUAGGGGAAAUGAUUUUAACUGGCCUUCUUCAAUGUCAGUUGAUUCUAAGUUUUGGGUCUCUGGAGUGAUGAAAAUACUUGAAACCUCAUCUUGUAAUUCUUCAACGAGACUGCGCACCUUUUGGUUUUCAAAAGUGUCUGGCAUACUAAAAGUUACUGGACUAGGAUGUUGUCCUGCCACAUUUGUGGCAUGUUGUUCUUCCAUGGAGGACUUAAUCGAGCUAGUAGGAGAUGGGCUUAACUGGUCAUCUUCAGUGACAGUUGCUACACUUCGGGUCUCUGGAGGGAUGGAAAUAUGUGAAACCUCAUUUUGUAAUUCUUUGAAGGCAGUGUGUACUUCUUGAUUUUCAAAAGUGUCUGGCGACUUCAACAUCCUCUGAAAAAGUCUCUUGAAAAAUCUUUCUGACAUUUUCCUCGCAACUGUGUACAAUUUCUCUGAAGAGCUCACCUUUUUCAGAUUCUCGUCUGUUUUUGCCAUAUCAGAGCUGCCAGAGGGAUGCGGACGAUUAACGUCAGAAGCAACAGGAGAAACAGGCAGCUCGUUGUUGUUACGAUACCUUAAAUGAAAGUAGAUCUUGCGAGUCAGUUUUUGGGCAAGUCUCUGAGUUUCGAGAGAGGCUGUCAUUUUGUGAACUCUUUUAUCUAAACUCUCUUCAGAUUCAUAAACCCUUCUGAGUCUAUCCAGCAAUCCGUUGAGCUCUGUACUGAUGCUGUCAAAAUCGAUUCCAGAAAGCUGCUGGUUUUCCAUGGAAAUAUCAAAGCGUGUGAUGUUAGGGCAGCUUGAUGUUUCCAACUGAGAAGUUUCAGAAUCCAUCGUCCAGAAAUUUCUGUCAAAGCUAUAUUAUCUUUCUAACUUGCUUCCUGUUUUUCUACUGUUUUUUUUGUCUUAAAACAGCAGAUUGAUGCUAAAAUUUUCUGAGUGUAGUUUCCAACAGAAAUGAAGUAAAUCCUAAUUACUAUUGGUUAUGUUAAGCCAGUGACUAUGACGUAAUAAAGGCUUUUGGCCUUUGCGAGUCGCUUGGUGACAAGACGUCAUAGUUCAUGACGUGUUCAAAAGCAAAUCCGAUUUUAAAAGAUACGCCAUAAACAGGCAGACGUGAAAGGACAACAAUAAGGUACAAUAACGUUUGGGAGUGACGUAAUAACGUCGAAGAGGGCAGUAUUACGUUAGCCUGGCCAUUGCCUUCCGUUCUGUCAGAUUCCUUGAUGAUGGUCUGACUGGUUAACUGCUAAGUCAGGAGGUCAUACAGCUGUUAAUAAGGGCUAUAAUCUAACGAUCUAACUUCUACGUUAUGGCGUCAUGAUGCUGAUUAAAUAAAACCAAAUGGUAGUCACAGCGUAUACCUGUCUGACAGACAGCCGUCAGUUUGUGCUACGCGCAUGGCGAUCUGAUGACGUAUGCUGACAGAACACCGGUGUCCACUUUUUUUUUACCCGGAAACUAAAAGGGUCUUUAAUUUCUUUCAAAGUAAAAGCUGAGCGUUGUCUUAAUACAUGCUUGACGCUUGAACUCCUUGAUGAAGACGACCCGUUCCCUGUCGAUGAUGACUGCUUGUCCACUGAGACGUUUUCACAAGAGACGGUGUACAGGCUGAUGGGCGAAGAACUCCGGAUAAAGCAGCUUUUCGGGGCCAACCUCGGCGUGGCUGCUCCUGUCUGGGAAGCUGCGCUGCAUUUAUGCCGCUACUUUGAGGAUCCGUCCGUGGAGCUGAGAGGAAGGCGCGUCAUAGAGCUGGGAGCAGGAACUGGGCUGGUCGGUAUUUUGGCUGCUCGUCUGGGUGCAGAGGUGACCGUCACAGACCUCCCUCUGGCUCUGCCACAGCUUCAGGCGAACGUCUCCGCCAACGUUCCCCCUGCCGGCUGGCCUUUUGCCCCUCCCGUUGUCCUCCCUCUGUGCUGGGGGGAGGACCACUUGACCUUCCCCUCCGACUGGGAUCUGGUGCUCUGCGCGGACAUCGUCUACCUGCCAGAGACAUACCCUCUGCUGGUGGAGACGCUGGCUCAUUUGUGCAAAAACGGGGCCGUGGUGUAUCUCUCAUCAAAAAUGCGCACAGAGCACAGGACUCAGAGUUUCUACGAGGAGCACCUGCAGAGCAGAUUUGAUGUGGAGCUUGUGCUUCGCGAUGACAAGCAAAAUAAUAAUAUUUACCGUGCGUCCAAGAGAGCAGAGGAGUAACAGGAGGAAGAGCUUAAUAAGAGACUGGACAGAAAACAGAUUUUGUUUACAACAGUGUAAAAGCAACACAAAAAUGUUAUUCAUCUCUGGGUUUAUGCUAGAUAUUUAAAGAAAGGAUUUGUUACAGAGAACAUUAUUGUUUUCAUGUGCUUGCAAGUAUUAUUGAACCUUAAAUUUAUGGAAGCUGUUGAUUUUUAACUUAAGUCUUAAUGUUUAAUUUCUCUACAAUGUUCAACCAAAUUUUGCUGCAAAUGUUUUUUUUAAUAAAAAGUAACUUAAGGCUAA